GGUCAAAGCUAAACAUUGCUUUUUAUAAAAUGCCAUCAGUCACAAAAGUUGAUGACUAAUAUCACCAAAUUAACUGCUGACAGCAUCACUCUCAUGAAUAAAGACUGAAAAUGAUUUUACAUGAUCUUCUUGCAGUAGACGUCUUCUUAUGCCUUUGUAUUAAAAUAAACAAUACAUCUUGUAAAUAAACUGAUGUCCUGUGUUUACAAUGCUUCUCCCUUUAAGGCCACAGACAGCAGCUGAAGCAGAGCCCCGUCGGUAUUGUCUCAUCCCUGGUCUCCUCCUCCCUCCCUCCUCCUCCUUCUCCUCUCCCCUCCCUUCACUCAUCAAUCCGUCCGUCCACCCCCUCUCCUCUUCACUCACGCACACCGAUUUGCGCAUCGCCUCCUCCGGCAUAAUGACCAACGAUUCCCCGGAGGAGGAGACCCGAGCUCCGGGCAGUGGCGGCGGCGGAGGAGCAGGAGGCGGGAGAGGAGUUCCACGACGGAACCGAGCGGACGACAAUGUCACCAUCCUGACAUCCUCCAUGGAUCUACAGCGGGUGAGCCGGAGCCGAGCCAGCAGCAGCAACGAUGCCGCCCCGAGCCUCACGUCCUCCGUGGACCUGAGCACCUCCUCCCUGGAACUGAGCAUCCAGACGCGGAUCUUCAAGAUCAUCGUCAUCGGGGACUCCAACGUGGGGAAGACCUGCCUAACCUUCCGCUUCACCGGGGGGAGCUUCCCCGACAAGACCGAGGCCACCAUCGGCGUGGAUUUCAGGGAGAAGGCGGUGGAGAUAGAGGGGGAGACCAUCAAGGUGCAGGUAUGGGACACAGCAGGCCAGGAACGAUUUCGUAAAUCCAUGGUGGAGCACUACUACCGCAAUGUCCAUGCGGUGGUCUUUGUGUAUGACGUCACCAAGAUGACUUCCUUCCGCAACCUACAGACGUGGAUAGAGGAGUGUAAUGGCCAUCGGGUCUCAGCAUCAGUGCCUCGAGUCCUGGUGGGAAACAAGUGUGACCUCGUGGACCAAAUACAGGUGCCCUCCAACAUGGCGCUGAAGUUCGCUGACUCCCACAACAUGCUGCUGUUUGAGACGUCGGCCAAGGACCCGAGGGAGAGCCAGAAUGUCGACUCCAUCUUCAUGUCGCUGGCCUGCCGCCUGAAGGCCCAGAAAUCCCUGCUCUACAGAGACGUGGAGAGAGAGGACGGGAGGGUCAGACUCACACAAGAGACUGAAACAAAGAGUAAUUGUCCUUGUUGAGGAAAAGGAGGAGUGGGAGGCAUAAUGGAGGGGAAGAGAGAAGAGUGACUGUACAUGUUGUGGAAGAGGAGGAGAGGGAUGAUGGGAGAGUGAGGCUGCGACAAGGGUCUUUUAAAUUAAGUGCAACUUUUUCUGGUUUAGGAGGAGAAGUUGGGGGUUGAGGCUGACACUAAGAGCAGUGUGCUUGGGGGAAGAGGAGGAUGCUGAAAGCGAGGGACCGAAACAUCAUCAAUACUCUUGUUGUUGAGGAUGAGAACUGGGAGGAGAGUGGACAGUGAAGACGGAGAGAACGAAGGAAGCAUUUAUUAACAAUUCAGAAAUAGGACGAUGUUGCCUUUUAGACUACGGUGUAGUGUAGAAAUUCCUCCAUGUAUUCAAACAUAGACAGACACCGGGUAAAUACACUUUCACUGUGCCCAGGCAAACACAACAAUAUUAAUAUAGGAGUCAUCUGGGGAUUCGCAACUAACUUGAUGCAAGCCUGUUAUUUUCUAAACCAGAAAAUGCAAACAAAGGCAAACAUUCUGAGGCAAUGUGUUUGAAACUCUUAAAUCACAAUCCUUCUUUUUGCUGCUUUGUCCUUAUUUAUUUUCAUUCCAGCUGAAAGCAGCAUUUUCAAAUGUUUAAUCUGUUGCCUUAAAAAGUUGCCUCAUUCUCGAGUAUUUCAAACAGUUGACAUCAUUUUGUGUCUGCAACCAACUGAACACUCUGGCCGCCUCUUAAAUGGAAAUAUCAACUAUUUCAGAGGACGAAUGAGACUUUUUUUUUGUCUCAAAGCCUCAAUAUAUCUGAUGUCAAUAUAGGUUAAUCUGACAGUUCACUGAAAACCACUGUGAGAUGAUGAAUACACGGGAAAGAUGACAAAAGAAAACAUUGGUGUUGGUAAAAUAGGGAGCCAAAAAAAGGAGCUUCCAGGUGAGCUUCCAGGACCUAUGUAGGAAAACCUCGAUGAGAAAGAUUCCUGAAAACGGGCCGUAGAGGUUGUUCGGCAGCAUGUCAUGUAUCGAUCAGAGGCUGUAAGAUCCUCUUACCCUGAUGCAGGAGUAAUGCAACCUCCUAUAAAGAAGGAGGAGAGAGGGAGAAAGCUCCUUUUCUCAUCUAACCCUGAUGUAAACAAAUCCCCCUCCACGCUUAACUGUUGGCAAAGUGGCUUAUCCAGCUUUCCCCUUUGUGCACAAAUGCAGAAACAUCCGAUCUUCGAGAUAGCCAGUCGACCACAGCAAGCUUACAUUCUGUAAUGAGGGCGUUCAGUCUUGUCUUAGAUGAUGUGCUCUCCACAUCAAUAUCACUGCCUCCAGUCUCAGAGAGGGCAGGGAAGAUGUAAGAAAACUGUAGCCCCAGUAGAUGUAAUGGAGAUAUUGACACUGCUGCACAGCCUGAGCCUGGAUGUAUGCUGUGAGUGGACUUAAGUCUGCUGUGUUGUGUGUAUAAAGGAGUGAGUCCAGGAGUAUCCGAGCCAUGGGUGGUAUAGGCUGCAUGAAACGCUGUAGAAAGCCAUAUUCAUUAUUUACUGUGCACUGAGAAGCAGUGUGCUUUACAUUAAGACAGCUCCCAGAUGGGUUGUGGGAAGAACUUACUGUGCAUUACUCAGUGUUGGAGCUAUGGAGUCUUUUUAAUGAGGCGUUAGGCUGUAAGCCUCACUGUGAUGCAGUCAGUUAGACAUACUCACCAUGUUGCUUACCCUACACUGUACAUUUUAAAAGUUGACUUUACUUUGAGAAAAGUCAGAAAACUGGUUACCUCAUUAUACCAAGUAACGUAGACUGCUAAGUGUGAGUUGUACAAGCUUAAAAUGAUUAAUGUACUUUACCUGGUAAUUUUGAAGUCAUCGUUUUCUUUGAUUCAUUUAAAGUAAAAUCAUUGGCAGUGAGUGUAUGUAUUUCCAAAAUUCAUAUAAUUCUUGUUACCUGUAACUGUAGAUUGUUUUGGUGUGGCCAGAUUUUGUAGAUAUCGGCUGUAGCCAUGUCUGCCUUCUUGACAAAAUAAUGGAACGAGGUGGCACUCCCUGUGGUGCUACAUUAAAAAUACAUUUGCAAAACCUAAAGGUGCCAUAUGUUAGAAUUGGCCUCAAAACAGACAAUACCCAACACAAGCAGGGAGCAGCAUAACACUAGAGUAACCGCUGACUGCUGCUUACUGUAGCCGCUAACUGUUGCUGCUAUUAGCUAGUCAGUUUGGACUAAAGUGCACCUAAUGUGGUCUGGACUGGGAGCUUGGAGCACCAGGUGACCAGGAUCUUUGGACCGGGAAGGGGAGAGGCUAGCUGGCUAGCAAGUUAACUUGAGUUUAUUUCUGCAACACAAUACAUAGAUGUCAUCAUUUAUUUUUACGAUUUUUCUUACAUACUGGACCUUUGACAGUUAUGUCUUCAUACAGAUAACAUGAUACUACUUAAGAUAAUUCACAGUCCUUUUUGUGUGAAGUUUCAUUUAAGAGAGGCUAGCUAACUAUGCUGGCUAACAUUACAGCUGAGCUGAUGAGGACACCAUCAAUGUUCCCAUCCAGCACUGUCACAAGCCUCUCGUCAGUACGUAAAUGCACAUUUUCUUCUGUGCAUUGAUAUCAUUGACAAGUUUAACUCACAAGGUUUUUGGAUUAUCUCUGUAACUGAGACAUGAUUUCUGGAAACAGCCAUUAAUGUUGAUUUUGAGUACCACAAGCUGAGUGCCAUCCGAUUCCAUUAUAUUCGAGAGACAGCAGACAUCUCUAAAGCUGAUGUUUCCAAAUCUUCUCAGUUCACACCAAAACAAUCCAGACUGUUGGGAAAAUAUGCAUUUUUGAUUGGUGUGAGCUGUCCCUUUAACACUGUAGCCUACUUUUGAGCAAUGCUAUAAAUACAUUUGGAUGCCAUAUGCAAAAAAAAAAAAAAAAAAUCAGAUCAGUGAGCAAUUUAGACCGGUGUUCCCUCUAAACUGAAAGUCUGGUGACCUAAUUAAUUCUUCUCAUUGAGCAAUUUAAACACUGUGUGCAUCCGAGUGAUAUCCAUAGAGCUACUGUCUGAGCUGUAUCAGGUUUUAGGGAUUUUUUAUUCUGAAAUUCUCCUCUGUUCGUCUUCUAUCAGCAGGAUCAAGCAGCCGUUAAGGGUGAAUAGAAAUAAUGUUACUGCAAAAUACCAGGGGGAGCUACAUGCACAGGCAAAUCUGUGACAUUCAACCCAGAGCCAUGGGUUUGUAAAAAGCUGGGCAGAAGAACACACAAAAACUGGGAUAACAUCCUGUCCUCCAUUUUCCUAAACUGCUUAUUCUCUUUAGGGUUGUCAAGUCUGACUGGAGGGGUACACUCUACAACUUUCUAUCUGUUAACAAACAUCUAUGGCUCUGUUUAGGUUAGCAUAACCUGGCUAAUUUAGUCGCAGUAAUACAUGUGAGACGACUGUACUGGCCUAAAAAGAAAAAAAAAAAAAAACAUGUUGUGCCUGCAUUUCCUUCAUAAACUCACUAGAUCUGAAUAAAAUAACAACUGACUUGGUUUCAAAUGAUUGGACAAGAAUGAGGAAGGUAUUUAAGUUAUUAAAAGUUUAUUCAAACAUUUGAAAUCAUAAGUAAUUUGUCUUCUAUUCAGGUCUAGAACUUGAGAAAUACCAAUGUACAGUGAGUUUUGCUUGCCUUUAUUUUUCCAUGUACAUACAUAUACAUGUUUUGUUAAAAUAGUUUACUCCUUUUUGCUGUCAGUUUGUGAUUUUUUAAUAACCGAUGUUUGCUCUUAAAGGGAUGCCUUGACAUUUUGAAAUUUUGGUCUGGUAUUUUUAUAUCAGCAAAUAGUCAGGUUUUUGGGUGUGGAAUCGAAAUAAAUAUCACAUACAUUUGGUGCAGCAGAUCAGUUCAGGGUACGGGUCAGGGCACAGUCAUUUAAUGAGUCACACGGGGUACUGGAGCUGAAAUAAUUAGUCAAUCAAAUCAUUUUCUUUUGAUAAUCAAUUAAAAAAGUGAAUUUCAAGCAAAUAUGCCAAAAAAAAUCCUCUGGUUCAAGCUUCUCAAAUGUGAAAAGUUGCUUAGUUUCUUUUCUUGAUAUGAAAGUUAACCAUCCGAAUGUCUUCGUAAUUUGGAUUGUUGGUUGGAGAAAACGUGACUUUGUGAUUGGCUUAUUUCACAUUUUUGAUGUUUAAUGAAUAAUUGAGAACGUAAUUGGCAGAUGAAUCAAAUAACAAACAACACAUGACGGGGGUUUCUUCAAAUGAGAGAAUAAUGGUUAUAUACCUUACUUUCAGGGAGUGCUAGUAGCCUUAAUCUAAAUUUAGCCAAGAAAACAACCGGGUUAGGAAGACAUUAUGGGUGCAAAUCACUAUGUUACUUGUGUAACUUUGGUUACAAACCUAUCUACUUUACCUAAGUAACUUAUGUUACGUUAAGUACGUGACUUAACUUCACUACAUUGACUUCUGGUUUCACAGUGGACAUGAACAGCGGUCUCCUGAAUGAAAGUCUUGUGCUUGUUUAAUCCGUGCUCCUCCCCGUAUGGACUUUUCACUCCUUAUACGUCUUCUCACCUCCUCCUUUUAAGCUGUAAUAAUUACUACAGCCUCUAGAGGUUGCAGCCUAACAACAAAAGUAAACAAGAGUCGUAAUUAGUUGCUUUCAUUUUUCACCUAUAUGGUUGUUCUUCUUUACCAGUUUUGACACCAAACAUACACAGUAACUUGAACAUGAGGAGCGCUCACCCUGAAAGCAAAUAAAUUUCUACCUGGUCAAUACAAAUAAAAAAAAAAAAAAAUCAGAUUAAAAGUCAAAAUACCAAGUUACUCCUUUAACAAAAGCCUUAAGUGGUAUUACUUGAUUUUAUGAUGUUGUCAUCAUUUAGUUGUUGAAUCUGAGAUGACAAUGUUCUUUGGCUGUGAGUUUUUGUUAUUAUUGUUUUGGACUGUACCCGAUUGUCUACUAUUAUAAUGUUUCAUAUGUAACAUUGUGGUUGUUACAAUCUCAAAGGGACUUCUGAUAAAAACUGCUGAAGAAGCUUCA